AUGGCCACCGCUGGGCAGGGCACUGGCAUGCGUGGCCCUGACAUCAAAGGGGUGUCAGGGAUACUGCAGGUGUCAGUGUACGUGCAUCCCAGCACCGAGGCCGCAGGUGAGAGUGCCUGCUGGGGUGACUGGGCGGCUGUCUCCCAGCUGGCUCCCGGCCCCUCCUCCUGGUUAAUGACUAAACAUUAUCAGCAUAUCCUAGCAUUUACUUUUGCCUUUAAUGAAAUCAAGAAGGAUUCCAAACUCUUACCCAACACCACACUGGGAUCAGACAUCCACGACAAUGCUUUCAACUCACUGCGAAGCUCUCAAGGCAUUAGGAAUCUCCUUUUCAGAGGGCGGAAGAAUCAUGUCAAUUAUGACUGUGACAAGAAGAAGAAAAGUGUCCCACACAGCACAUGUGUUGAGAGCUGCCCCACCGGACACAGCAGGAUUGUUCAAGAGGGGAAGCAAGUUUGUUGCUAUGAUUGUGCUCAAUGCCCGGAAGGGAAAGUUGCAAUCCAGAUGGAUGCAGACCAAUGUGAGAUAUGCCCAGAAGAGGAAUAUCCAAAUGAGAAAAGGGACCAGUGCCUUCCCAAACUCAAAACCUACUUAUCUUACGAGGACCCCAUGGGAGCAGGCUUGGCUUCUAUCGCUGUUUCAUGUUUUGUGGCCACAAUUAUAGUGAUGGGGAUCUUCAGCACACACUGGAACACACCCAUUGUCAAAGCCAACAAUCGAAGCAUCACCUGUGUCCUGCUCUCCUCUCUGCUGUCCGGCUUUCUGUGCUCCUUCUUGUUCUUCGGCCAGCCUGGGACGGUGACUUGCCUCCUCCGGCAAACGUUGUUUGGCAUCAUCUUCACCAUUGCUGUGUCUUGCAUAUUGGCCAAAACUGUGACUGUGGUGGUUGCCUUCAUGGCCACCAAGCCAGAGAACAGGAUGAGGAAGUGGGUGGGAAAGAGACUGGCCAUGUCAGUCAUCAUUCCCUGUUGUUUAAUUCAAACUGGCAUCUGUACAUUGUGGUUGGCAACUUCGCCCCCUUUCCUAGAGUCUGACAUGCACUCCCAAGUGGGUCAUAUCAUUAUACAGUGUAAUGAAGGCUCAGACAUCAUGUUCUACAUUGUACUGGGCUACAUGGGUCUUCUGGCCACCAUCAGUUUCAUGGUGGCCUUCCUAGCCCGGACAUUGCCUGAUUCCUUCAAUGAAGCCAAGCUGAUCACCUUCAGCAUGCUGGUCUUCUGUAGCGUUUGGAUCUCCUUUGUCCCCACCUAUCUGAGCACCAAGGGGAAAAACAUGGUGGCCGUGGAGAUCUUCUCCAUCUUGGCCUCUAGUGGAGGUUUAUUGGCUUGUAUCUUCUUCCCCAAAUGCUACAUUAUUAUUUUCAGGUCUCACUUGAACACCAGAGAGCAGCUAGUAAGGAAAAAAUAA